AUGGCCGACACUGCUGUGGGCCGUUGGGCGGUGCGCAUCGUCGUCGGUAUGGGCAUCUAUCUGGCCGUCCACUCGCUGGUGAUUGCGCUUGUGACGACCACCGCGGCCGGUAGCAUGCGCCCCUGGUCGCUCUCCCUCGACCUUUCGUUUCUGGACAGCGAGCGCAGUGCCGCCGAUGGCGUCCACAACUUUGGCGCGUCGCAGGUGCCCGAGACACCGCCGCCGGGCAGCCCCUGGUAUGCGCCGCGGGUGUCCGACCUGAACAACCUGACUGUGGCGCUGUCGUCCUCCACGACGGGCAUCUACGGCUUCUACUUCAACGGCUCGACGACGCCCGACGGAGCCUAUGGCACCUACAACUGGUGCAACAUGCCACACGUGCGCGCUGCGGAGUAUGUCGUUCCGUCGGCGGACCAGAAACGCACGCUCGUGUACGUCGAGCUCGUUCAUCGCCACCACAAGCGCACUCCGUAUGCGUCCAAUGGCUUCCCGCACGAGCCCUACCAAUGGGAGUGCGACGACGCGCGCAUCCACCUCUACAGCGACCCCGUCCAUAGCCGCGACAAGCGGCCCGGCGUCGUAUACUACGUGCCCACCUUUGAGGCGCCCAGCAACCCGUUCCUCGCCGCCGCUCCGGCCUGGCACGGCUCCUGCCAGUUCCCACAGCUGACGUCGGGCGGCCUGGAGGAUGCCUGGCUCCAUGGGGCUGACCUGUACGGCGUCUACCACGACCUGCUGGGCUUCUUGCCGGCCAUGAACGACGCCGCUGCCUGGAGCGAGCAGGUCGCCGUCCGCGUCACCAACAACCCCAUCACCAGCCAGACCGUCGCCAUGGUCCUCGGCGGCAUGGCCGCUGCGGCUGGCGGCCUUCCCGUGCCGGACACGCCGUUGUCCGUGGAGGCCGUCGGCUUUGACAGCUUGGAGCCCCAGUACACCUGCCCGGCCGCUGCCGAGCUGUUCAGCGCCAUCACGUCCGAGAGCGCCCAAGGUGGCUCCCCCGCCUGGGCCGACCACCUCGAGCGGCUGCAGCCCCUGUUUGCUAAGCUCGACGCUGCUUCGGGCAUCGACCCGGCCGAUCCGCGCGGGUUCCACACCAGCGUCGACCACUAUUUCGACAACCUGUCGGCGCGCCAGUGUCACGGCAAACCGCCCGUCGAGGGCAUCCCGCAGGACGUGGCCGACACCGUGUUCCGCGUGGGCCAGUGGGAGUACAGCCGCAUGUACCGGGACGACGCGCGGUCGCUGGCGGCGAGUGCGGGUGCCUGGGGCGUGUGGGUGGCGCAGCUGGCGAGACAUUUGCGGGCGGCGGCGACACCAUCACCGGACUCGGAACACGGAAAAGACCGGGUGCGAUACCGGCACAAUGUGGCGCACGACGGCAGCGUGAGCCGGCUGCUGUCCAUCCUGCAGGCGGACGAGAUGGUGUGGCCAGGUAUGGGUAGUGAGGUUGUCGUGGAGCUGUGGAAGAAGGAGACGGAGACCACGCACGAGGGUUCGUCGUCCUCUUAUGACGUCCGCGUCCUGUUUGGUGGAAAGGUGCUGCGCUCGUCGCAUCCAGAGCUGGGCCUGCUCGAUAUGGUCCCGUUGGACGCGCUGCUGACGUACAUUGACGGGCUAGUGGGCAGCAACGCGUCGUUGCUGCCCGCCAAGUGCAAUGGGACGAGUCCUUUGUAA